GUUAGCGCUUCAGCCAAUACAAUUAGCCGGCGGUAUCACGUGAUGAUUCCAACAUGGCGCCGCUCAGCUUCUUCUAACUCACCAUAGCAUCAUGUCAAUAUUUCAUUAUACGCGCUGUGUUUGAUUAUUGGUGAUUGAUUAAAUAAGUUGAGGCAAAACACUCAGAAAUGAAGCUCCGAGUACAACUGCAGUGCAAAAACCUUCAUGAAUACCUGAAGGAACUGAGUCCUGACAUUCUCGACCGACUGUACAACCACCCAGCUACAUGCCUCGCCGUUUACAGGGAGCUCCCGUCUCUGGCAAAGAAUUAUGUGAUGCGAAUGCUGUUUCUAGAUCACCCUCUCCCGCAAGCAGCCGUGGCAUUGUGGGUCAAAAAAGACAGCCAGAAGGAUCACGACCAGUGUGUGUCAGUUCUCACUGGGCUGAGACUGUGGCACAGCCAGCAGCUGCAGGGAGGCCUUCAGGGCAUCGUGCUCAACCCGGUGUUUAAAGAUAACCUGAGGAUUGCGCUGCUCGGAGGCGGUAAGCCAUGGGCAGACGAGGGCAGCAGUCUCGGCCCCGAUCGGCACGCACGGGACAUCGAGAGUCUAGACCGCUAUGCCAUAGAUCGCUGGGAAGUCAUCCUGCACUUCAUGGUGGGCUCCCCGAGCGCAGCGGUCAGCCAGGAUCUCGCUCAGCUCCUUAUCCAGGCCGGCCUCAUGAAGACUGAGGCUGGCGAAGCGCCUUGCAUCACUUCAGCUGGGUUUCAGUUUCUGCUACUCGACACGGCCUCUCAGCUGUGGUACUUCACCCUGCAGUACCUCAAAACAGUGCAGUCUAGAGGGAUGGACCUGGUGGAAAUCCUCUCCUUCCUGUUCCAGCUGAGUUUCUCCACCCUCGGAAGGGACUAUUCUGUCGAGGGCAUGAGUGAGUCUCUACUGACGUUUCUGCAGCACUUACGAGAGUUCGGCCUCGUUUUCCAGAGAAAGAGGAAGUCAAGGAGGUAUUACCCUACUAGACUAGCCAUAACCCUGGCUGCAGGAGUUACCGCCAGGAAUUCAUCAUCCUCCUCUUCUAGUGCUUUGACUUCUUCCACACUAACAGGAGACUCUGGUUUCAUUGUCGUAGAAACCAACUAUCGCGUGUACGCUUACACAGACUCUGAGCUGCAGAUCGCUCUGGUUGCUCUCUUCAGCGAGAUGCUCUAUCGAUUUUCCAACGUGGUUGUGGCGCAGGUCACCAGAGAGUCUGUACAGCAGGCUAUUGCUAACGGCAUCACAGCACAACAGAUUAUCCACUUCCUGAGGACCAGGGCACAUCCUGUUAUGCUUAAACAGACCCCCAUACUUCCUCCGACCAUUACAGACCAGAUCAGACUCUGGGAGCUUGAAAGAGAUCGGCUGCAGUUUACAGAGGGCGUAUUGUAUAACCAGUUCCUGUCGCAGGCUGAUUUUGAGGUUUUGCGUGACAGAGCUCAGGGUUUGGGAGUGCUGGUGUGGCAGAACCCACAGCACAGGGUCAUGGUGGUGACGCCACAUGGACACAGUGAGGUUAAGAGGUUCUGGAAGAGACAGAAGAGCCACACGUAGGAUGAGGAGACUCCACAGGGCAGGGGGCGCAUCGUGACGGAAAGGGUGGCCUUAACUGAAUGAAAUACUGCAUAUAUGGGUUUAAUACAUGUCUUUUCUUUAAGGACGCUGAUGGAGAAUAAAGUUUGGAGAGAUUGAAAUGUAAAAUAUUUGCACUUGAAUAAAACGUUGUUCAUUUGAAA